AUUUUUCCUUUUGACAUCUCAUUGUUUUUGUCCCCUAUAUAAUAAUAAUAAUAACGGCGUAUUUUUAAAGCUUCUUCAUUUUCGUCAAAUAAGUAUCCAAAGCACUCCUUCGAGUUCUCCAAAAUGGCUCAGAUGAAAGUUGUAAUGAAGGUGCUAACCAUGUCUGAUGAAAAGACAAAACAGAAAGCCAUAGAAGCUGCAGCUGAUAUUUUAGGUGUAGAUUCAAUAGCAGCAGAUUUAAAGGAGCAAAAAUUAACAGUGAUAGGAGAGAUGGAUGCAGUAGCAGUGGUGAAGAAAUUGAAAAAAGCUGUUGGUAAAGUUGAUAUAUUAUCAGUGGGACCAGCUAAGGAAGAGAAGAAGGAAGAAAAAAAGGAAGAGAAAAAAGAGGAAAAGAAAGAAGAAAAAAAGGAAGAGAAGAAGGAGGAAAAGAAAGAAGAGAAGAAAGAAGCAGCAAAGUGAAACAUCAUCUCUAUUUGAAGUAUUCAAAUUCCA